AAAGUAUACAUUGUGUCUGUUUCCUAACAUUUUAGGUCCAUGUCCCAAUUAUGAAACUGAACAUGCCCUUCUUGUUUGGGCGCCAUCUCCAAAUAUAGAUGAUGAAAAACUAGAUAAAUAUAUAAAUGAAGCAAAAGAGAAGAGUGGGUACAAUGUUGAACAGGCUCUAGGUAUGCUGUUCUGGCAUAAAUAUGAUAUUGAGAAAGCUACAGCUGACUUGCAAAAUUAUACUCCACUUCCUGAUGAAUGGACUGUUGAAGAUAAAGUUCUUUUUGAGCAAGGUUUCCAGUUUCAUGGAAAAAGUUUUAAUAGAAUUCGUCAGAUGUUGCCUGACAAGUCUCUUGCAAGUUUAAUAAAAUAUUACUACCUCUGGAAAAAGGCCAGAGCACGUACCAGUCUCAUGGAUCGUCAAGUUCGUAAGCUUUCUGCUCAGAAGGAUGAAGGGAGUGGUUCUGAAGCACCAUCAGAUAAUGAAAGCGAUAUGGAUCCAGAUAAAGAUAAUAGACCAGAAUCAACCCGAGGUAGUUGUGCAAAUUGCUCUGUCUCAGGACAGGUGUAUAGUUCGCCAAAAGGAAACCUGUGUAAUAACUGUUGUCAGUAUUUUAAACGAACAGGAACUCUCCGUAGCAGUUCAGGUAAUAUGAGAACAUCAGCUCGUCACAGUAUAGCACGAAGUAAGAGAAAGCCUCCACGAGGCAUGCAUCUUAGUUAUGAGGAUUUAACUGCUAUAGUAGCUGGUCCAAGUGGAGAAGGAGAUGCUAUUUUACGAAGUAUGGAUUGUGAAAUAAUAUCUUUUAAAAGGCAGGUACAGAAUAACAAGCAAAUUAUCAGCCAGUUGAAGCAUAAAAUGGCAGGUGGCAUUGACAUGUUUCGUCCCCCCGAGGGUUCAACUCGUGUUAAUACAAGAUGGAAUAGCGACGAAUUGCUAUUAGCUGUCCAAGGUGUUAGAAAAUAUGGACGAGAUUUCAAGGCUGUAGCUGAAGUUGUGGGAAAUAAGACAGAAGCAAACAUUAAGAGUUUCUUCGUAAAUUAUCGUAGAAGGUUUAAUUUAGAUGGUGUCCUUCAGGAAUAUGAUGCUGAACAUGGAACAGCUACAGAGGAAGCAGAAGAAAAAGUGUGUUAAUUCAUUUUUAUUUUAAUAUAUCUACUGUUUUUUAUCCCACUAAUCCUAAAACAAUUUAGAAUCUCUCAAAUCCUUCAGCCAAGACUAAUAUGUAAGCAGGGGGGAUUAUACUUAAAAGCUUUCAAAAAAUUUAUAGGAAAAUAUGAAAUAUGUGUUUAACAGUUUUAAGAAUUUU